AAGGGGUUCCUGAAGAUCUUGCAAUCUCGGGAGAUCAUGGAGUUUGCACACUUUUUGGCUGAUGUCUUACGAAUAUUGAAUCGUCUAUCCCUCGCUCUACAAAUCCGCACCAUGUCAAUUGCUGAAGUCCUCAAGUUGCUAUCGGAUGCUGCAACUUCAUUGAAGCGUGUGAAAAGUCCUGGUGCACAACUGAGGAAGAUCCAGAGCACACCUGGGGUACUUCAAGACAUUCAGCUUUUAGGCAACCCCCCUGCCAAUGGUACACUGAUAAAAACUGUAGACAGUUUAGUUGGCUGCCUUGAAAAUAGGUUUUCAACACCUGAUGCAAUUGUUGAUGCAGCCGCAACUGUCUUGAACUUCAAAUCCUGGCCUGGUGAGAGAGUCGAAGAUUUUGGCGACACUGAAAUUGUGAAAAUAGUAGAUUACUUUGGACCAGUGUUGGAUACUUCAGGCUUUUCAUCCAUGGAUAUUGAGGCUGAAUGGACCACAGUGAAGAGGCAUGCCUAUGGGUAAGCACGAAA